UGGCUUAUUACUUUGCUGACGGCGUUUUCUAAUAAUUUUGUGUCUAACUUUGAAUUCACAGGAAACAUUUGAAAAUAAACAUAGUAAAUAAAAUGAAGCACAAAACAACAAGUGAGAAAACCGGUUCUAGUUCGGAUUCGCGAUCUGUACCACCGAUAGACUCCAGUCCAAUCCGAAAGUACACAGACGAUGGCCAAAAAUUAAUGGUAAACGCCAUGAAAGCCGUAUUGGCGCUUCCAGCCGGAAAUUCACGGGAUCUGUACUCGACUCAUCCUUCAUUCGUGCGAAUCAUGGAUCGACAGGCUGAUGGGAUAUUACACUCCAUUUCGGACGUGCUUAAGAUGCACGGCAUCAAAGGCAACAUCAUGGUACGAGAUCACGAGGAAAAGUUCGAGCUGCUGCAGGAGUUUAACGAUUCAAUUCUCGAACGGAUUAAUUCCAACUUGGACGAAAUUGCCGGAAUAAAGAAAAAGCACGAAACCGUGCUAGUGCAUAGUGAGAUUCAACUGCCAGCAGAGCCCAAUCACCGUUUGAGUGGCACCUGGAACAAUUCCGGCAUUACUGGUAGCAAAGCCACUACAGCAUCGGCUGUAAAAGCUACUUUGAUAACCGCGACCAACAUUGCUAGACCACAGGUUAAUUUUAAAGUUCCGGUGGAUAAUUCGGCAGUCAAUCCUUUUGUGCCGAAAAUAAAAGACAAACCGAAUUCCCUAAAGCCAUUGGCUGUACUACCUGAAUACGAUGAAUCGGGGAAUAUUGUCAGUUAUUUACACCCUUACGAAUUUGAACUAGACUGGUUUGAGCCUGCCAAAGAUGGAUUUAAACCGGUAGAGCCUAGGAAACCAAAAUUACUUGAAGCAACCUCACUGGACAUUAUCGAUAAAGUGGAACAGGUUCCAACGCUUUUGAAUGAAUUGAAGCAAGCGAAACAGCUGGCAAUCGAUCUGGAACAUCACUCCUAUCGGACGUACCAAGGCUUCACUUGUUUGAUGCAAAUAUCCACUAGGGAAAAAGAUUACAUCGUUGAUACAUUGGCACUGCGUGAGGAUUUGCAAGUACUGAAUGAAGUUUUUACGGACCGAAAAGUGCUCAAGGUGUUGCACGGAGCAGUCAGUGACAUCGAAUGGCUGCAGCGGGAUCUUGGGCUGUAUAUUGUCAACAUGUUCGACACAGCAGAGGCGGCUAAGGUGCUGGAAUUCUCUCGCAUAGGACUGCAGGCUCUGUUAAAACAUUACUGCAACAUCGAGACUGACAAAGCAUACCAGCUAGCGGACUGGCGCAUCAGACCACUACCGGAGAACUUUAUACACUACGCCCGUAAGGAUACUCACUACCUGUUGUACAUUUAUGACCGUAUGCACAAUGAGCUAAUCAAGAAGGGGGCCAGUUUCCUGCAGACUGUGUAUAACAAAUCAACUUUUUUGUGUAAACAGCGCUAUGAAAAGUCAAUUAUUAACGAGGACACAAUUAUGAACGUUUACCGCCGUUCGAAGUACGUGUUCGAUCAACGUCAGAUGUAUGCUUUUCGGGAGAUUUCAUACUGGCGCGACCGAACGGCCCGCCUGGAAGAUGAAUCUCCCGGUUAUGUUCUGCCGUGGCACAUGGCACUGGACAUCGCAUCGAAGUUGCCCCGAGAAAUGCAGGGCAUCAUUGCCUGCUGUACGCCAGUGCCGUCGCUUGUGCGGCAACAUCUGCAUACGCUCCAUCAAAUCGUACUGAAGGCACGGGAUAUUCCUCUGAACAAAUCGAUCCCGCAGGGCAUCGAGCAGCAGAGGGACACCCGUCAUAAAAUGCAAACUACGUUCGACAUCAGCAAUCCGCUGUUUUGUCCACACGACAACAGCCACACUAUCCAUCCGGAAACCAAUCUACCAACGUUGCUGGAUUCGCCCGGAAAGCUGGGUGUGUGCGAGAAGGUGGUUAAAAGCUUAAUCAAGUCUCGGCCCGAAGCGGAGGUGUUUGUGGAGGCAAAAACGAGGACACUAGAUGAAAAAGGGCGAUUGAUUGUUGAUAGCUCGAACGCGGAUGAUGCCAAAAUUAUGAAAUUUGUUGAGCUGCACUAUCAGAAAAAGCCGGUGAAUAGCACUCAGACUAUUGGUGAAAUACAAUCUCUGUCCUAUCAGGAUCGUAAGUUCAACACUCCUUACGAACGGCACUUGGAAGCAUGCCGUAACCGGCAACAGAUUGAGGAACCUGAACCGGUUCCACAAAAACCUCCAGUUUCCAUCAAGAAGGAACCCGAACCGGAACAAGAUGAAGAAACCAUUGAAAUUAAACAAGAAUCUAAACCACACAAAAAGUCGGCUGUGCCGCUAAAAGUUAUUAAACGACGUGAGGAACGUGAAGCCAAGCGAAAACUGGAAACAACAGUAGAUGCGGAGGAUAAAAUCAAAUUCAAUAACAGCGAACCAUCGACGAAAAAGCAAAAGACCGAGCAAAGGCAAUCCAAGGGUGAGUACCCGAUGCAGAUCAAUCCGCGAACGGAAGCGUCCAGUGAUGACGACCAGGAAGAGAGUGACGUUGCAAACCGCAGUCAAAGCCAGUCCGACACCAGCUUUAGAUCGGGUGGUGGCAAAAAAGGAAAAAACAAAAAACGAAAAGGCAAGAAAGGCCGACAGAACUCGGACGCGAGACAAAAUUCAAACAAACCGAUCGCAUUCGAUUGCACAAAGGUCGACUAUUCGCGGUUCCAAGGUGGCUCCAAACCUCUGCAGCAGCAUCGUCGAGGAAAACGAGGAAAGCUUACAGCGCGACCGAGCGAGGAAUCCGCCCAGCCGGGUGAAGGAUCCAGCAACAAUACCGGUCUGCGUAAAAACCUUCAUCCCAACAGUAGAUUAGCAAAAGGUGUCAAAAAGACACAGCAGAUGUUCAACUUCAGUAGCAAUAUUUUGAAAAAGAAAUGAUGCUUUCUUAUAAACUAACUACAUUUGUACAUUUCUGUGUGCACUAAUUGUAAAAGAGAGAGAAAUUAUAUAUUAAAAAAAUUAAACAAGACCUAGAAUAAAAAUUUUCUUAAUCUAAAGCUC